AUGGAGGCAGCAGGUUCUGGUUUCUUGAAAGCAUGUACCUUUCUCUUGACUACAGAUGAAAAUGAGUCCAACAUUUCUGAUGAACCAGUGAAGGCUGAGUCCAUUGCUGAUGAACCAGUGAAGGCUGAGUCCAGCAUUGCCGAUGAACCAGUGAUGGCUGAAUCCAGCAUUGCCGAUGAACCAGUGAAGGCUGAGUCCAGCACUGCCGAUGAACCAGUGAAGGCUGAGUCCAGCACUGCUGAUGAACCAGUGAAGGCUGAGUCCAGCACUGCUGAUGAACCAGUGAAGGCUGAGUCCAGUACUGCUGAUGAACCAGUGAAGGCUGAGUCCAGCACUGCUGAUGAACCAGUGAAGGCUGAGUCCAGCAUUGCUGAUGAACCAAUGAAGGCUGAUGAACCAAUGAAGGCUGAGUCCAACAUUGCUGAUGAACCAAUGAGGACUGAGUCCAACAUUGCUGAUGAACCAGUGAAGGUCCAGGGUGGUGAUAGCUUAACUUCGGAAUCUGGAUCAAAAGAACAGGAACCCACCAACACAGAUGCCCCGUCUGAGGCUGCGACCUGCAGCUUGACUUUGGAUUCUGAUGUGAAAGAACAAACUGAACUUAAACCAAUGGAGACAGAGGCUCAGACUUCAAGUUGCACCUCGACUCUUGUCUCUGUAGGUAAAAAACGCAAGAGAUCCCGGAGCUUGAAGCCUCCUGACUGCAUUAUAAAUCUGGACUCUAGCAGUGAUGAUGAAUCGGUGCCCCCUGAGUCUAAAGUGAAAGUGAAAUCCUACAAGGUGGCUGUGCCAGCAGUGCAAGCCUCCGACAGGGAGACUGAGCCUAAAGUGCAAGUGCAAUCCCCCAAGGAGGCCGAGCCUAAAGUGCAAGUGAAAUCCUACAAGGAGAUUGAUGGCUAUGUGAUUGUCGACUCAGAUUCGGAUGAUGAUUGCCCUGCGGACAGUAAGAAGUUGAAAACUGCAAUUGAAAAAGAAGAUCCGAAUCCGAAAGUCAAAUCUGUGCCAAGCAGUGCUCCUAUUAUACUUAUUGAUGAUGAUGAUGAUGAUAAUCCCCAGGAGGUCUCUUUGAUGACUAAAGAGUUGAGUGAUAAGAAAGGGCUUACAGAUGCUGACUCUGACAGCAACUCAGCUGAUGUUGAAAAGCCCUCCCAUUCCUCAAAAUGUGGUCAGUCUAAAGAAUCGGAUGGUAGACCGGGGAUCAUAUAUAAAGAGUGCAUUCCUGUGCCAAAGCACUCAAGGAGAGGCAAGGCCAAAAAUACAGUUGUUACUACUGCUGUUAAACCACCAAAAAAGAAGUGUAGACGUUCGAAGAAGAAGUCCAGUGAAGAAAAAGAAGAACAUGAGACUAAAGACUGCCUUCUCACUGGGACCUAUAUGAUGCCAAGGAUCGAACUGGGGGAUGCCAACUGCAAUAUCCCUGGAUGUUUCCUACGUGGAAUAGAAAAUGAGAAGUGCUAUUCUGGAAAGAAUUUUAAGCGUAACAGAGAUGAACUGGUCCAGAAAAUCUAUGCUCUGUUUAACAGCUCUGUCUUUGAGAACAAGUUGCCGGAGAACAUAGACAUUAAAUGGAAUAAUAAGAUGUUGAGAACUGCUGGGCUCUGCACCACUUGCAGGACAAAUCACCCGAAGUACCAGCGCUAUGCCACGAUUGAUAUUGCUCUGAAAAUCUGCGACUCUGCAGACCGACUCCGUGAUAUUUUGAUCCAUGAAAUGUGCCAUGUGGCAUCCUGGCUUCUUGAUGGCAUCCAUAGUUGUCAUGGUAGUACAUGGAAGUAUUAUGCCAGAAAAUCAAACAUGGUGCACCCUGAGCUGCCCAAGAUCACCCGUUGUCAUAACUACAAGAUUAACUACAAGAUUCAUUAUGAAUGCACUCAGUGCAAAUCCAGGGUUGGCCGCUAUUCGAAAUCUCUGAACACAGAUCGCUUUAUAUGUGGAAACUGCUGGGGGCCUUUGGUUUUGGUGCCAUUAACACGGAAAGAUGGUACCCCCAUCGCUCCCCACGUGAGGCCUUUUGCAAAGUAUGUGAAGGAGCAUUACAGAGUAGUUAAGAAGAAGACCGCAGGGAUUUGUCAUGGGGAUGUGAUGAAAGAGCUCAGCAAGGCCUUUUUAGCCAAGAAACAGAUGGGUUUGCUUUAAGGUAUUAGGGAGUAGAUUUGCUUGACCUGAAAGAAAAUUUAGAAAAGUAAGACGUUUUAGGAAAAUAUUAAUUCUUUUGAAGCUUUGCAUUUAAGAGUAUUGUUUCAUGUUGUUAAAAAUGCUUUUUUUUUUGAUAAGGGCAGAGUUUUUUGUAGUGCUUGAGCUAUUUUUACCUCUGCUCAGAGUAACCACUAGGAUUGUGUGUAGUGUCAGCGAUGGCUAAAGAGGAUGCUUGCAAGGCCAAUUGCCUUACUUUGAGCUUCAUGAUUGUUCUUAACCAGGGGUAGGAUGCCUGGCCGUUUGUAUUGUAAUAAUAAAAAGUAGGUUUUUAGGGUUUUUUACUUAGACUCCAUUUUAACACUUAGAACAAGAUGUGAAAGAUAGGUUUUUGAGAGGGGCCAGUUGAGUAAAGAAUAGUGCUGGAGAGAGAACAAGUUUUAGGGGAAGUACUUCAAAGCCUGGGUGGCUAUGUCAGAUGUAACUUGUUAAACCAACUAGAGACAUGAAAGACAGCUGUGUUUCAUGCAUUCGGUUGCUGUUGACAUUGAACAGAACCUCUUGAGCCAAUGUAAUUGUUCAUAAAACUUUUAAAAA